CGGAGGGAAGUAGAAGGCGGCAACACAGGGAAGAUGAGUGUGUGUGCAUUAUACCCGGAGCUGAAAAACUUAAGAAAUAUUGAAACUUUUGCCAUCCCCAAAUGUGUCUCGGCUGACUCUCAAUAUAUUACAUAAAUGGCGACGAGGAUGAAUGUGGUUUGAGAGUGGAUAGUGCAUUUGGACGUUUUUUUGUUUGGACAACUAGUAGCGGUGCGGGCUAGCAACAGAGCAUUUGGCGGGCCAAUGGAUAGCAGGACGUGCUUAGACCUGCCGAGGAGCACCAUAAUUCAAGAUGGGCACGUUCCUACCCAGACAGCAGCUGACUCCGAUCCGGAUCUGCCUCUAAGCCGGCAAAUCCGCGUUUUACAGCUGUAAUACGGACAAGGCCCGGACCCAGGCUUCAGUGGCGGGAACGCAAUAAUGUCAGCAGAAUCAAAGCAGCUACGGGGCACAAGCGCGCAAAUUUUCAUUUUCUGGAAUCUGACAGGAUCACCGCAGCGUGGGUCGAGGCGCAGGAAAAGUUUGAGGAAACAGUUUUAUUCCGGUUCGACCACAUAUCCAAGGGCACAUUUUUGGUGAUACAGACUCAGACAAUGAACUAGAAGUGGGUAAAAAGAGGAGAUGCAGCAGCAUCUCCUCUGCACCAGCACCACCUAUUCCUCCACCUACUCCUGACAUACCGUCUGAUUCAGCUUGCCAGACCUCUACUGGACCUCUGCUAAACCUGAGGAAUACUGAAUAUCCCUGUUUUAUGUUCCUCUGUUUUCAUUGAAUCAUUCUCUGCACCACCUGCCCCCAUUACAACAUUUGGCAUGCCUUCCAGUCCUUUUCACCACUUCUCCAUUAGACAUUCUGAACACGGCCGUUACACAGGUCCAGUGCAUGCAGUUACGACCCCCAUCUCUCACAUGCCCUCAAGCUCUAUGAGCCAGGUCUCUGCUACACCUCUUUCUGAAGAACAUCAAGACCAUUCAUUUAACCCCCGGUUUAGACUGGGGAGGACAGGCACUGGACCUAUUCCUUGCUCUGGAACAGCAGAUGCAGCUUGCUGCUACCGUUAAGAAUCCUGCUGCACGUAUGGCGACAGACACUGCUGUGGCUGAAAUGCCUCCCAAUAUCAGUUUGCCACUGGCCACCAUGUCUGAAGUUGAGGAGUUGGAGGAGUGGCUUAAAGAUUCAAGAAAUGAAGAAAUUCGCAUGCUAAGCAAAACAUGAUUUCUGCUCUGGGUGCUACAGGAGGACAAAAUGCUAAACGAGUCACAUGGAUCAUACUUUCAAGGCUUUUCUCAGAUGCAGUAGCCAAAAAAAAUAAACUGGAAAGGAGUUAAUGGUAAAAAGUGCUUUAAAGAAAUGCAUACAAGAAGUUUGUUGAUCAGAGCUGUAAGGAAGAACCAGUCUUCCUCCAGUGUAGCAGAUAGUGAGGUCGAUUCUUACACCAUCCGUUGGUUUAACCUGGCGUCUGACCGUGGAGGUGGCCGGAAAGAAUGUGCAAGAGCCAAAGAGGCAUCAACUGAGUGUUCCCAGUGUUUUCUGUUUUCAUUUAGACCAAGACUGGCUAUGACCCAGAUGCUCCUUCACACGGCGUCCCCUAAAUCUAGCAGCGACUUAGAAACGGAGCUAAGUGAGCAUAGAAAGAAUAUUGUAAGUAUUGCUAGACCAAGACAUAGAUCUAAACGCUCAGCUGGGGGCUCCUGUGCGGAUAACCUAAUAUCAGUCCCAUUAAUAAUAUUGAAUGAGCCACAACAUAAACCCACCAUAAAAUGCUCAUUAUUGAAUGUGCACGCUCUAGGAAACAAAUCACUUCUUGUCCAUGACAUGGUACUUGACACUGGUGCAGACAUGUGCUUCUUAACUGAACCAUGGCUCAGACCCACAGACACCAUUCCCCUUGUUGAAGCCUCACCCGAGGGGUUUAGUUUCAUGCAGAAACCACACAGCUCUGGGUGUGGAGGAGGCCUGGCAGCUAUUUUUAACUCAUGGUUAAAAAUUGAACCCAAAACCAUAGAUAAUUUUACAACAUAUGAAGCAAUGUUAAUCCAAAUUAUGUGCGACCCAUCCAUCUAUUUUCUUAUAGUAUACAGACCUCCUGGACCAUACACUUCAUACAAGUUUGGGGAACUUCUAACUGACUUAGUCAUUAACUUAGAGCAUAUUAUAAUACUUGGAGAUUUUAAUAUACAUGUGGACAUAGAGACUGACAGCCUCAGCAAAAGUUUCCUGUCCCUCCUAGACUCUGCUGAAGGUCACCAGCAUGUGAUCGGACCAACACACCUGCAUAAUCAUACAUUAGACUCGGUUAUCACUCAUGGAGUGGAUGUUCAUCAUGUAUCUGUUCAUUGAAUAAGACCUUCUCUGACCAUUUCCUAAUCACGUUUGUGAUUCAAUCUCACUCGACUACGGCAGAGAAAGUUAUUGACACGUCACCUAAAUGGUAUAAAUACCUUACGAUUUAUUAAUGCAGUAAGUAAUGUAAACUUCACAUUUAGUACAGAUGUCAACAAAGUCACACAUGACUUCAAUACAAUAGUCAGUCAAGUUUUGGAUGAAACAGCUCCUUUGAAAAAUAAAGUUGUAAAAACCACUAGGCACUCCCCAUGGUUUAAUGAUUACACACGCUCUUACAAACAGGAAUGCUGCCGAUUAGAGUCUACAGGAUUAGAAGUGUCCAAGUUGGCAUGGUCUGACAGUCUGCAAAAAUACAAACAAGCCCUAUAUAGGGCACGAUCAGCUACUUAUUCUAAACCGAUUGAUCAAAAUAAAAAUAAUCCUCGUUACCUUUUUAGGACAAUAGCUCAUCUAAUAAAUAACGCUAAACCUAUGCUACCAAGUAAUAUUAGUAAUGAACAUUUCAUGGACUUCUUUAAUGAUAAGAUUACAAACAUCAGAAAUCAAACAUGUUCAGAUAACUCACAAAUAGUGGUGAUUCAAACACAAUGUGCACACACCCUUAAAUGUUUUUGAAUUAACCAAUAAACAGGAGUUAAAAACAAUAAUAACUAAAACCAAACCAACCACUUGUCCACUGGACCCUAUCCCCACUCAACUUCUCGAAGAAUCCCUAGAUGUUCUGGCAAGACCUA